AUGAUCGGACUACUAGCGCUCACCUCGAUCCCAACGGUGACAGGAGUCAGCCUCGCUUCCAGCGAGCAGCGCAAAGCAAACCAGCGCCGAGAAGAAGCCCGACGGAUGGUCAAGUUCAAUAUCUUCGCCGAGUGUACCGGAGAUACGGACGAUGACCGCGACCUCAACGGCAUGACAGUCGUUGUGAGGGACGAGAAGGUAUACUCCACAUGCACUUCAACAUCUUUCCGAGUCAAGGAGUCCGAACUACAAACUAACAAAACGAAGGUCUACCUCGCAGACCCAAACCCCGCCAAGCGCGACCCACCAGCUUUCACAGCCCUAGCCUUCUACAUCGAAUACCCCGAACCAGAAGAGCUGAAAUAUCUCAAGCGUGAGCGCGGCUUCGGUCUCCCAACUUACGUCUCUGAUAACCCGCCUCUGUUGAACUGGAUUUAUGCCGACACAGUCACCCAUGAGCUGCGGUACGGGAAUCGGUCACAGAGUGUGGAGGAGAUCGUAGAGCCUUGGGAUUGGUGCAAGGAAGAGAGGAUUAUCUCACUCGAGGGAUGGCGAAAGCGGUUCUAUGCCGUUGAAGAAGAAGAAGGUGAAUGGGCGCUUUAUUACGAUCGUGAUGGUGAUGAAUUGGAGUCUGUUCUUGACGAACAAGACAUGUUGGACUGCGCUUUUGUGCCGGUCACUUUGAUCAGGAAGAUUGUCGAGGAGAGGCCUCCUCCACCUCCCCAGCCCCAGGCUGCUCCCCAAGCGCAGACCAGCCAGAAGCAGUCGGGUGGGGAAUAA